GCCCAGUGCCCACACGACCAACACGCCACACAGACAUAGCCCCCAACCUCGUUCGGUCCCUCCCACUCCCAAGCCAGCCCAGUCCCAGAUUCUCAAAUAGCCAUAGCAGAACGAGCCUUAGCCCUAUUCGAUUUGAGCCAAUAGAGAGCCAGCACAAAACCCUUCUUCUUCGACCCUUUGAAGCCCUCUGCCCCCCGACCCUUCGUGAGUUCAUCUUCGAUCCUUCAAACCAGCAGGAGCUUCGUGAGUUUGUCUUCCACACUUCGAACUAAUAGAAGCCCUUCACGAUUUUGUCUGAAGCUUCGUGAAUUCGUCUUCGACCCUUCGAACCAGCAAAGCUUUGUGAGUUGAUCUUUCACACUUCGAACUAGAAGGAGCCCUUCGCGAGUUCGUCAGGAGCUUUGUGAGUUCAUCGUCGACAUUUCGAACUGGAAGGAGCUCUUCACGAGCUCGCCUUUGAGCCUUAGAGCCUUCAUCCUUCUUCUCUAUAGCUCCGCUUCUUCAUCUUCCUCUUCUUCUUCUGCAGCUCUGCUUCUUCUUCUUCUUCUUCUUCUAGGUCUGUUUCUAGCUUUACUUCUUCUUCUUCUUUAGUUCAACUUCUUCAGUUUUUCUUAUGCUGCUUCUUGUUUUCUAGUUUUUUUCUGUUGCCUGCUAUUUCUUCUUCUAAUAUUACAUGUAAUUAAUUAUUUAGCUUCAGUUAAUGCAAGUUUAUAACUAAUAUAUAACAUUUUUUUUUUCUAAAUUUAGCAACUUAAAUUAAUAUGAUAUAAAAAUUAUAUUUGAGAAUGAUAGAUUAUCCAUUUAUCUGUCACGAAUUAUUCAAUUCGAAAUUGCCUAAUCCGUCACUUAAACAAGUUGAAUAUGAAUUAUGAUUUUUUAACACGAUAAUUCGCCUUAUCCGUCACGAAUUAUCCGACCCAAUCUACUUUAUUAGAUCUAAUUGAGUCCUUUUCUCUUCUUCUUUUUCUUCUUUUGGGUCUGCUUUUGGCUUUACUUCUUCUUCUUCUUCUUUAGGUCAUUUUCUUCAGUUUUUCUUAUGCUGCUUCUUAUUUUUCAGUUUUUUUUCUAUUGUCUGCUGUUUCUUCUUCUAAUAUUAUAUAUAAUUAAUUAUGUAGUUUCAUUUAAUGCAAGUUUAUAACUAAUAUAUAACUUUUUUUUUUUUGAAUUUAGCUACCUAAAUUAAUAUGAUAUAAAAUAAAUUAUUAAUAAAAUUAUAUUUGAGAACGAUAGAUUUUCCAUCCAUUUGUCAUGAAUUAUUCGAUCGAAAACUACCUAAUUCAUAAUUUAAACGAAUCGAAUUUGAAUUAUGAUUUUUUCACCCAAUAAUCCGCUUUAUUCGCCACAGAUUAUCCGGCCCAAUCACUUUGCCAGAUCUAAUUGAGUCUUUAGCUGAAAUGGGCCUAAAUUUGUUGGGCUCUCUAAAGCCCAAAAUGUAACCAAAGGAUGGCCCAAAAGUUUUUGAAAGCAAAGCGACAUUUCAUUUUGCAGACGUGGGUCGCGUUUCCUACUUCUUCCUCAAGAAAACUGACGUUUUCUACUUCUUCUUCAACAAAACUCCUCAGUCCUCUUCCUCUUUAAUUAUUCCCUUCCCUCCCGAAGCAGCGACUCGCGAACAAUUCUAAAGCUCCACCCGACAUUAGAGGCUGGUUCGGUGAUACUUAAAUAUGUCUAGGAGAUACGAUAGCCGUACGACAAUCUUCUCCCCAGAAGGCCGUCUAUAUCAAGUUGAGUAUGCCAUGGAAGCCAUUGGAAAUGCUGGCACAGCAAUUGGGAUAUUAUCAAAAGAUGGGGUUGUGUUGGUUGGGGAAAAGAAAGUUACUUCUAAACUUCUCCAAACCUCGACUUCCACAGAGAAAAUGUACAAGAUUGAUGAUCACGUCGCCUGUGCUGUGGCAGGAAUAAUGUCAGAUGCAAACAUUCUGAUCAACACGGCUAGGGUCAAAGCCCAACGCUACACUUUUGCAUACCAGGAGCCAAUGCCUGUUGAGCAGCUAGUUCAAUCUCUCUGUGAUACCAAGCAAGGCUACACUCAAUUUGGUGGGUUACGCCCAUUUGGUGUCUCAUUUCUGUUUGCAGGUUGGGAUAAAAAUUUUGGCUUCCAGCUAUACAUGAGUGAUCCUAGUGGAAACUAUGGUGGAUGGAAAGCUGCAGCAAUUGGUGCAAAUAAUCAGGCAGCGCAGUCAAUGCUUAAGCAGGAUUAUGGGGAUGAUAUAACAAGGGAAGAUGCGGUUCAGCUUGCAUUGAAAGUGCUCAGCAAAACUAUGGACAGCACAAGUCUUACUGCAGAUAGGCUCGAAUUGGCUGAGGUUUUCCUUUCACCUUCUGGGAAUGUGAAGUAUCAGGUUUGCUCACCGGAGUCUUUGAGUGCAAAGUUGGUGAAGUUUGGAGUGACCCAACCAGCUACAGAGGCAUCCUAAGUUACUGAACUUGUUAUAGCUCUGUUCUUGCAUUUCUUUUUUUGGGAUGCAAUUGCAGAAACAAAAGUUUGAUGUGAUAUGUUUCUUUGAUCAGGAUACUACUGUUGGAAGUUAAUGAUCAUAAUUAUGGAAUUGCAACAAUUUUUUGAUAAUAUGCUUCUUUAGUCAAGAUUCUCGUUCUAAGGAUGCGUGUUGUCAAUAAUUUGUCAUCAAAUAAUAUUGACUUGGUUUAUGACUAUGCA